AUGUUGAAAGUGACUUUGAUUUUAUUUGUAACCACCAUAGUGGCCUUGGCUGCCGGCCAAACUGAUUAUUGCGAUACCACAUUCUGUCCUGAUGGUAUUAAACAUGUUGCAUGUGAACAUAGUGGGAACUUCUCCAGUACCUGCCCCAAGAAUGCCGCCAUGGUUGUCAUUGGCGACAAACUGAUUCAAAUCAUUUUGAAGGCACACAAUCGGAAACGUCAUGAAAUCGCUAGUGGAGCUGUUCCAAAUUUUAAACCCGCCUGUCGUAUGGCCACAAUGAAAUGGAAUCAAGAAUUGGCCAAAUUGGCAGCGUUAAAUGUUCGCAAAUGCGAAAUGGAACACGACGAAUGUUUUACAACGGUAAAAUACAAGUAUGCUGGGCAAAAUUUGGCAUGGAGAUCCUUUGUGGGAGAUAUGAAAAAAACUGAAUUGAUUUCAGAGGCCAUCGAUGAUUGGUACGCAGAAGUGGAGAAUGCCAGUAUGGAUCAUAUUGAUGCUUAUCCGGAUAAUUAUGCUGGACCUCCAAUUGGCCAUUUUACAGCAAUGGUGGGUGAACGUAAUAUAGCCGUUGGUUGUGCUGCCGCCACAUACACCGUCGAGGGUGAGACGUUUAAACGAUUUUUGGUUGCCUGUAACUAUGCCACGACAAAUGUCAUUGGCAGCCCUGUUUACACAUCUUGUACUACUGCAACGGAAAAAUGUGUGGUUGGUAGAAAUACAAAUUUUCCAGCUCUGUGUGGCCUCAAGGAAGAAUAUGAUGUUAACACCUGGUAA